CGCGCAGGCUCUCUAAAAUCUCGAUUUUCCCGUACAACAAUAAUCAUGAUGAUAAUAAAACAUCAUACGUCGUGUUCAAGAACCGCGAUAGUUCAGUCCUUGCUCUUCAACGGCAAUGGAAAGAAUGGGAUUGUUGAAGAAGAGAAUGGUAUACCCGGUGCAAUUGGAGCUCGAUAAAAUGUCCUGCGAUAAACAUUCUUCGAUAGGGUCUUCCUGGUGUGAUAAUCAGGAUAUCGAAUCAUUCCCGUUGUGCAAUCGAAGGGAGAACAGCUCCAGGGAUGACGGAAUAACAGAGGGGUUUGCAAACUCUGGAGCAGUUGAUCCUCCAGACUCAGAGAUUUUGAAUCCAUCGGGAACAAUAUCGCGACCAGAAAUGAUUAAAAAAAAUUCAGAGGACGUUGAUUCCUUUAACGGGGAUUCUGAGACGGAAAUUCAGGCCUCGCCGAAAAUAUUAUGCAACACGGGAAGUGGUUAUACCGUUCAUUCCAACGGUCAGCUUUUCAUCCAGGAAAGAAUGCAACAUUUGGUACGUGCUUUUACAGAACGUGCACAAAGAAUUCGAAGGCGUCUCGAUUUUCCGCCAACACCUUCGACGGCUAGCAGCGAGCAGGGAGACAACUGUAACUGUACAGACGCUGGCGUAAGAACACAAAAAACUAUUCACGAUACCGAAGCUGGAUGGACAAAGUCCGCCCUCGGGCAAAACAGGAGCAGAUGGUACAUGCUGAAGAACAUCAAUUGGAACCGAUCUAUAGAUCCCCAAAGCUACGCCUACAUAUACUGGCUUCUUCUCGUGACGCUAUGUUUCACUUACAAUUGCUGUGUAAUCCCGUUGAGAAGUACAUUUCCUUACCAAACAAUCAGUAAUGCUAGAAAAUGGAUGGUCUGCGAUUAUUUGGCGGACAUCAUCUACCUUGUAGAUAUCGUUUUUGUCAGACCAAGAGUAAUGUUUCUAGAAGAUGGAUUUUGGGUGAAGGAUCCCGGACUCACGAGGAAGAAUUACAUGAGAAAAUGGCAGUUCAAAAUGGAUAUUUUGUCGUUGAUUCCUCUGGACUUGCUUUACUUUGCAUAUGGAUAUUGCCAAGCUCUUCUGAGGAUUCCUAGAUUUUUCAAGGUUCAGACAUUUUGGGAGUUGUAUAAUUGCAUGGAUAGCGUUCUUUCCAAUCCUCACGUUGUACGGAUAGCUCGGACCUUAUCCUACAUGCUGUAUUUAAUCCACAUAAACGCUUGCGCUUAUUACGCUUUUUCUGCUUGGGAAGGCCUCGGCAGCAAUGGAUGGGUCUUCAAUGGGGUUGGAAACGCUUACAUCCGUUGUUUUUAUUUUGCAACGAAAACAGCGACUUCGAUUGGAAAAAAUCCUAAGCCAGAAAACGAGUACGAAUACAUGUUCAUGACGGCUAGUUGGCUGAUGGGCGUUUUUGUCUUUGCUCUGUUAAUCGGGCAGAUUCGAGACAUAAUAACGACGGCUACUUACUCGAGAACGGAAUACCGGAAGCUGGUUGACGAGACUCUUGAAUAUAUGAGAAGAUUGAACCUCCCUGGUGAAUUACAAGAGAGGGUGAAACUCUGGUUCACUUUUACUUGGGAGCAGCAACACACCCUUGACGAGGGACGAAUCUUGGACUCUCUUCCGAUUAAAAUGAAAACUGACGUGGCCAUAAACGUCCACAUCCAGACCCUAAGCAAAGUCCAACUGUUCCACGAUUGCGACGAAGCUCUCCUUCGCGAACUGGUACUGAAACUUCGCCCCGUAAUUUUUCUACCCGGUGAUAUAAUCUGUCGAAAGGGGGAAGUCGGCAAGGAGAUGUACAUAGUGAAAACUGGGGGCGUACAGGUCAUCGGGGGACCCUCGGGAACCGAAGUUCUGGCGACGUUAACGGAAGGAUCGGUUUUCGGGGAAAUAAGUUUGCUAGCGUUAAACGGUGGGAAUCGUCGAACGGCAGACGUCAGAUCGCACGGUUUUUCAAACCUCUUCGUUCUCAGUAAAUCGGAUCUAAACGAGGCCAUAGCGCACUAUCCGGAUGCGCAGGAGAUACUGAAAAAAAAAGCAAGGUCUUUGAUGAGAAAAAACGCAGCGCGUGAAAAACCGUUACGAGAUGUAGAGUCCGAGGUAAUAAAACUGGGGAAAGAAACUCAACCGGAAAUGCCACGGUUGAUCCAAACCGUCCUGGAGGUCGUGUCCGAGGAAUCCAUGACGGCAAAACUUUUAAAAUACGGUAAUUCUCAGCGGAGAAUGAAACAGCGAGAAAAUUUGGGCGACGAUGACCGAAAUUGUGGGGAAAUUCCGUUACCACGGGGCAUCUGCAGAGAGCGACGAUCACCUCGGGUUACUUUGAAUUCUGGACUUUUCAUCCCAGCGUACCUCAGAGUUGUACCGGGGAAAUUUGACAACGAAAAUCUGCAGUCUCUGAGGAGAAAAUCAAGCGGAAAAUUAUCGAGACCUCCCAGAAUAGCACCGAUUGCCUCGUCGAGGCCUACGACGAUCGCUACUUGCUUCAAGGGAAGCAUCAAUGUUAAAGUAAACAACAACACCAGCAUGUUUUGCCAUGAGAGAAGAGUUAAGAAAACGACCUCCGAACCGUGCCUUGGAAUAAAUGACAUAAAUACGUUUCAGUGCAUGGUUGUUGUGCACCGGGAAAUGCAUUGAUCGAGAAAUCUAUACAGUAAUUGAUCGUGUAUAUUUUGAUGAGUAAUAAAAAUUAAGAACGCCGAUA